CAUUAAUAAUUUUGUUGUUGUGAACUACUGGAUUGAUGAAAUGAUUGUUCACCGCUUGGAUGACUUUAUGGAUGAACACGUACAUUUUGGGGAGGUAAUCUUCGAGGAAAAUAUAGACCGUCUGCUUAAAAAAUCACUCCUGGCGACUAAGAUACCAAUAUGUUGGAGUUCUCAUAAGCAUACAGAGAAUGGACAGCUUUAUAAACCUACCCUAAAGAUCAGAGAAGCGAAUAGAAGAGUAGAUGGUCACUUCAUGUUACUCACCGGGCAUGGGAUUGAUGAGGAGAGCAACAUCCCUUUCAUGGAGUUUCAGGACACGAAGGGCGACACUUGGGGUGAUGAGGGAUUCGUUCGUGUCCGCCGUCAGGUCAACCUUGUGACAGAGUUUGUUGAACUUAAGAUCUGAGUGCACUUGUGGUAAAAUGGUUUAGGUUGAGCCGUUGAGGAAGUUCAAAACUAUAGUUACACUUGGUUUUGAUUGGAAAUAUUCUAAACUCUAGUGGUGACUUCUUGGUCUUUCGGUUGAGGAAGCUCUAAACUGUAGUAAUCCUUUGGGUUUGGUCGAGGAUAUAUUCAACCCUUUUAGUUUGAGGGUCUUUUUUGUAAUCUCGACUCGUAGGUUUGAUCAUAUUAAACUAGGGCAUAACUUGAAUAUGAAUUGGGAAAUAUUAAGAUUUUGUUUCUAUCUUCUAAGUGGUGAAGAACACAUAUU